AAAGCUCCCCAGUGAGAUGAUCGAAAACACAACGGCUCUUUUAAGAGCCACUCAGAAUUUCAAUGAGAGAGUUAUACUACCAUUUAGAUAAUAAAUUAUACAUAUUAUAUGUCUGGUGACUUUUACAAGAGCUAAGUCGCGGUUGGAAUAACCUCCCACUGCACUGAUAAGGAGUCGUUACCUCCCCUUCCCCAUCAGUCCGUCCCACUCGGUAUCCACACCAAGCGGAGGAUUGCUGCCGUUGUUGUUUUAUUUCUGGCUUCAGGAGUUUAUUGGUUGCAGUUGGGUAACACCCGAAUCACAUUUUAACUCAUGCCUGAAAGACCUCAUGACUCUUUCACAGAACAACUUUUUAAAAUUGCAGACUAGACGCUGUUCACAGUUUGAGAAGAGCAGUUUGUCCAUAACCUGAUAACGUUCACACAGUGACCGACCGCGGGCAGAAGCUGAGGGUCAGUUUUUUCGGUUCAUGGAAACAUAGAAAAUAGGUACAGGAGUAGGCACUUCGGCCCUUCGAGCCUGCACUGCCAUUCAGUAUGAUCAUAGCUGAUCAUCCAACUCAGAACCCCGUACCUGCUUUCUCUCCAUAUCUCCUGAUCCUUUUAGCCACAAGAGCCAUAUGUAACUCCCUCUGAAUGAUAGCCAAUGAACCGGCCUCAACUGUUUCCUGUGGCAGAGAAUUCCACAGAUUCACCAUUCUCUGUUUGAAGAAGUUUCUCCUCAUCUCGGUCUAAAAGGCUUCCCCUUUAUCCUUAAACUCUGACCCCUUGUUCUGUACUUCCCCAACAUCGGGAACCAUCUUCCUGCCCAAUCCCAGUAGAAUUUUAUACGUUUCAAUAAGAUCCCCCCUCAAUCUUCUAAAUUCCAGAGAGUAUAAGCCCAGUCGAUCCAGUCUUUCUUCAAAUGAAAGUCCUGCCAUCUCAGGAAUCAAUCUGGUGAACCUUCUUUGUACUCCCUCUAUGGCAAGAAUGUCUUUCCGCAGAUUAGGGGACCAGAACUGCGCACAGUUUUGAAAGGGUUGAAAGGAAUUAGAGAAUUGAGUUCACAGACACUCCAAAAUCAACUACAGUUGUAUUAAAUGGGCCCUAUUUCAGUAACAGAGGGAAAUGCGAAGACUCAAUCUUAAAACAGGUCUGGAAUUAUUUAAUUUCAAAUUAUAUUUAAAUAAUAAGUUGAUUUUUGGAGGGCUUUUUCCAAAUUUCAGUGCACUUUGGGGAGGAGACGGUUACUAUCCGCGCUUCAGCUUUUACGGACUGCUGAUUGGUGAUUAAGGCAGUUCUUCGAUUGGGACGUUUCUCUUCACCAAUGAGAAUAAGCAGGAUCACACCAAUCACAAACAUCAGAUUCUAUUCUCAAAGAAGGUAUAAAAAGGGCGAGUGGAGCGGGGUGAACAUUCCUUUAUUCUCUUUUGAAGUUAGCAGUUGCUGUGACUGUGGAAAUGUCUGGACGUGGAAAAGGCGGCGCUGGCAAAGCUCGGUCCAAAGCCAAAUCUCGCUCGUCUCGGGCUGGACUGCAGUUCCCGGUCGGCCGGGUUCACAGACUCCUAAGAAAGGGCAACUAUGCUGAGCGGGUGGGUGCCGGAGCUCCGGUCUAUCUGGCUGCUGUGCUCGAGUAUCUGACGGCCGAAAUCCUCGAAUUGGCCGGCAACGCGGCCAGGGACAAUAAGAAGACCCGCAUCAUCCCCCGGCACCUGCAGCUGGCCGUCCGCAACGACGAGGAGCUGAACAAGCUGCUGGGAGGGGUCACUAUCGCUCAAGGCGGUGUGUUACCCAACAUCCAGGCCGUACUGUUACCCAAGAAAACCGGCGCUGCCAGUAAGUGAAGUGACGUAAGCUGAACCUGUUUACCCAAAGGCUCUUUUCAGAGCCACUCACAAUGUCCAUGAAAGGGCUGAGCAGCGGGUGAUUUCCGUCCUUUUGAUAUCCUGUAUCUGUCACAGCCUCGACAUGUUUCUUCCGGGGGUAAACCGAUAUAAGUCUGCACAGAAACCGGUUCGCUUCAGUCCCGACUCAUUUUCUCCCCUCAGCCGGCUGAAUGGAGUUCACUCCCCUUACAGAGUGUCAGCGGAUCACUGGGCGCAGUGUCGUGAAAUAAACUUCCGGAGUCAGCACCGGGAGGGUGAAUUUAAUCUCCGACCACUGCACGACUCCGCUCUUGAUCACCCAAAACCGCGUUAUCUGGUUUCCACAUUACGGUUUCACCCUGGACCGUUCCGGUUUGCAGCAGGCGGGAACAUCGCCUGUUCGUUGCUUCAUGAGUGAUUCCCAUCGCCUCACAGAACAAUAAUAUUUGCGACUUUCAUUUCAAAAUCAGGUUUAUCAUCACCGGCAUGUGACGUGAAAUUUGUUAACUUAGUAGCAGGAGUUCAAUGCAAUACCUAAUCUAGUAGAGAGAGAGAGAAAAAAUAAUAGUAAAUAAAACAUAACAAAUACACAAGUAUAUUGAAUAGAUUUUUUAUAAUGUGCAAACACAGAAAUACUGCAAAUUAAUGAACGCUGCGUUUAUGUGACACCGCUCCCUAAAAAUGUCCUGGGUACUAUCUGCAGCUUCUUUCGGUCUUGUGCAGUAGCCCCUCCAUACCAGACAGAGAUGCAACCUGUCAGAAUGCUCUCCGCGGUACGGCUAUGGAGUCUACAAAGGUACAUUUACCCUGUGAAACUGACGGUAUUUAUUGAAAAAAAAACUCGUCCACCAAGGCCUCUGAAUAUAAAUGAACAGUUUGCGAAAGCAACGGUCAGUUUGGUCAGAUCUCCCGAGAGGCUCCCUCUGUGAGGCGGUGGGUGGUCUGAGAUCAGACUUUGGUUUGUGCAGGGUGGGUGCAUCGACUACUUCAGCACCGUAGUACCAGUCACUUCUCUACAAAUUCCUGAGUCUGUCUAAUAAUUCCCUGAAUACCCCUGUGUUCUCUGCCUCCGCCACCACCCCUGACAGUGCAUUCCAAGUCCCCAUUUCUCUCUUUCCUUCACUUUCUUCCUCUGACCUCAAACACAUGCCUUCUAGUAGAAGACAUUUCACUCCUGUGAAAAAUAUUACUGGCUGUCUACACUAACUAUGACAAGCAGGUUUUUAUAAUCUUCUAUAAUAUUUCUCCUGAGCCAAUCCCAUCAGAUGAAAAUGUUCCAGCAUGUCCAGCCUCUCCUCACCACACACCUCCUCCAGACAUCCUGGUGAACCUCCUCUGCCCCUGCUCCAGAACCUCCACAUGCUUCCCAUAAUGAGGUGACCAGAACUGAACACUAUACUCUCACUGUGGCCUAACCAGCAUUUUGUAAACCCGUAACAUUAUAUCCUGGUGCUUGAACUCAAUGCCUUGUCUGAUGAAGGCAAACAUGCCAUAUACUGACUUUUCCUCCCUGUCAACCUGUGCUCACAGUCAAUCUCAACAUCCUUCUCUUUGCCAAUACUAUUCUUGUUCCUACCAUUAACAGUGUACCUACCCUUAAUGUUGGAUCUCCCAAAGUGCACCCCUGGGUAUCCUUUUUCACCACAAUGAAUGUACAGAAUGCAAUGGAUUAUCUUUAAUCCUACUCGCCAGAGGUUUUUCAUCACUGUUUCUAGCUCACUAAAUGUUCUUGCGUUCAUUUCUGUUUUUUAAAUAUCGUCCUCAAACACCCAGGUUGAGUCCAGCUUCCUCAGCCUUACAUAUGUUUCUCACUCUUCAUUGACAAAAUUUGCUUCCUCUCUCAUCAUCCAGGGUUCCUGAACCUUGCCAUCCUUGAUCCUCCUUCUUACUGGAACAAACUGGCCCUGAAACACUGUGCAGCUGAUCAUUAAACAAACUCAUGUCACAUGUGUAUUUGUUUCAAAAUCAAUCCUUACAGUGUUAAGCAUCAAACUUAGCUUCAAUCUCUCCAUUCAGUGACUGGUGUUCUGGUUCACAUCCCCAUCAAUCUAAUUUCAACCCUCUCAGGAGCAGCAAUAAUCCUCAUGAUACAGACCCUCCCUCCAGUGAAGGUGCAAACCAUCCCCCUUGUAAAUGUCACCUCUGGAAUAGAAGAGGUUCUGGAAUGUUCUGGAAUCCUGAAAUGUUCUGGAAUGUUCUGAAAUCCUGUUCUGGUGUCCCUGCACCAGCUCCUCAGCCACAAAUUCAUCUGCUCUAACUUCCUGUCCCUAACACCACUACCACACAGCAUGGGGAGUAACCGGGUGAUUACAACCUUUCAGGUCCUGCCCAUCAACUUGUUCCCUGACUCUCUAUAUUCACUCUGGGACCUCAUCCCUUUUCAAGGCCCCAGACAGUCCUUCCAGGUGAGGCAACACUUCGCCUGUGAGUCUGCUGGAGUUGUCUAUUGCAUUCAGCGCUCCCGGUGUGGCCUCGUCUACAUCAGCGAGGCCCAACGCAGAUUGGGGGACUGCUUCGUCGAGCAGCUCCGCUCCGUCCAUCACAAUAGACAGGACCUCCCAGUUGCCACCCACUUCAACUCUGCCUCUCAUUCCCCUCUAGAUAUGUCCAUACAUGGCCUCUGCUACUACCAUGAUGAGGCCAAACUCAGGUUGGAGGAGCAACACCUCAUCCACCAUCAGGGUAGCCUCCAGCCUGGUGAUAUGAACAUUGAAUUCUCCAAUUUCUGGUAAUUCCCUCCCCCUCCCCCUAUCCCAGGUCACUCCCUGCCUCUCUCCCCUUUCUACUUUCUGCUCCUUUAUCUCUACUUUCUGCUUUCUACUUUCCUUUCUGCUUAUCCCCUCCCCCCUUAUCUCUCCUCUGAUUGGUUUUCUACCUGGUGCCUCUAGGCACUACCACCUCCUCUAUCUCUAUUACUGGGCAUCGGCCCCCUCUUCCCCCCAUUCCUGAUGAAGGGUCUCGGCCCGAAACGUUGGCUAUUUUCUCACAGAUGCUGUCUGACCUGCUGAGUUAUUCCAGCGUUGUGUACGUAUUCUCUCAUCCCUUUUCUACCUGUCCACUGGUACCGACAUGAACCACCACCUCUGGCUGAAUGAACCUUGUUCAGCAGCUGCUCUGAGACGUCCCUGACACUCAGUUAUACAAUAUACAAAACUUUUUGAAACCAUCUAAGAAAGUGUUUAGGAGAGGAAAAUGAUCAAAUAGGAAGGCAAGCUAGCCAUUAAUAUUAAAGAGGAUACCAAAAGUUACUUCAGAUAAACAAAGUGUAAAUGAGAGGCAAAAGUCAAUAUUAGUUCUUUGGAGGAUGAUGCUGGAGAGGUAGUAAUGGGGUACAGGGAAGAGGCAGAGAAGCUGAAGAAGUAUUGUGCUUCAAUCUUCACUGUAGAAGACACUAGCAGUCUGCUGGAAAUUCAGGAGAAUCAGGGGGCAGAAAUGAGUGAAUUAGCCUUUACUGAAAGAUCUGAAGGUAGAUAAAUCAGCUGGACCAGAUUUUCUACACCAGUGCUAUGAAAGAGAUGACUGAAGAGAUUAGUAAUAAUCUUUCCAUAAUCCCUGGAUUCUGGCAUGGUUUCGGAAAACAGGAAAAUUGCAAACAUCAUUCAACUCUUGAAGAAGGGAGGAGGGCAGAAGAAAGGAGGCCAGUUGGUAUGACGUCAGCGGUUGACAAGAUGAUGGACUCGAUUGUUAAGGAUGUAUUUUCAGGUUACUUGGCAACACAUGAUAAAAUAGGACAAAGUCAGCAUGGUUUCCUUUAGGGGAUAUCCUGCUUGUUGAGUGUGUUGAAAUUCCUUGAAGUAAUAAGCAGGAUAGACAAAGAGAAUGGAUGUGCAAUUGGAUUGUUAGAAGGCCUUUGACAAGGUGCCACACAUGAGGCUGCUUAAGUUAAGAACCUAUGACACAGGACAGAUACGAGCAUGGAUUAAGACUUGGCUGAUUGGCAGGAAGCAAAGAGAGGCAUAAAGGGAGACUUUUCUGGUUGACUACAAUGACCAAUGGCAUUUUUUGGGAUCGCUUCUUUUAAUGUUACAGUUAAUGUCAAUGAUUUGGAUGACAGAAUUGAUGGGUUUCUGACCAUUUGUAGAUUAAAAUAGAUAGGAGGAAGCAGAGAGGCUUAGAUAGAAUGUGAGAAUGGGCAAACAUAUGGCAGGUGGAAUAACAUGUCGAGAAGUUUAUGGUCAAGGACAUUGGUAGAAAAAUUGAAAGGAUAGACAAUUGCUCUAAAAGAAGAGAAAAAUCAAAAUCUGACGUGUAAAGGAACUUUUGAGUAGAGAAGGUUCCUGAAGGUUCAUUCGUACUGUGAGCAAUUCUGGGCCACUUAUUGAAGAAAGGUGUAUUGACAUUGAAGAGGGUUCAGAGGAGAUUCACGAGAAUGAUUCCAAGAUUGAAGGGUUAUCAUAUGAUGACCAUUUGAUUGUGCUGGGCCAGAACUGACUGGAAUUCAUAAGAAUGAGAGGGAAUUUCAUUGAAACCUAUUGAAUGUUGAAAGGCCUCGGUAGAGUGGAUAGGGAGAGGAUGUUUCCUAGAGGGGGAGUCUAGGAAGAGAGGGCACAGCCUCUGACUCUAAAUGGAGAUGAGGAGGAAUUUGUUUAGCCACAGUGUGGUUCAACCAUGGAAUUUAUUGUCAGAGGCAAUCAUUGGGUAUAGGUAAGGUAGAGGUUGAUACAUUCUUGAUUUGUCAGGGCAUGGUGGGUUAAGGGGAGGUCAGGAUAUUGGGGCUGAGAGGGAAAUGGAUCAGCCAUGAUGAAGUGUAAGAGCAGACUCAAUGGGCCAAAGGGCCUAACUCUGCUACUAUAUUUAAUGGUUUUACAACAGAAAGGCUCCAUCCCAGACAAAAUCCUGGUAUACCUGAUCUACACUGUUCCUGCUUCCUGCGAUUGGCAUGGGAUGGGGACCAGAGACCCAGUUCACUCAUUUCAGUCAUCAUGUUCUUUCUACAGUGUGUCGACCAGACCUGCAGACAGAAUUCCAGCAGUGUGGGAACCCACAUGUUAUCAAGCUGGUGCCUAAAACCUCUUUGUUAAUCUAUUAUCUCUUUAUUUUCUGCCAUUGACACCCACACCAUCCCCGAAACUCACUGUGGUUUACAGAUGUAGUUUCACUUCACAGCAAUAAGUCUGUUCAUAUUAAAUAUCUCAGUGUUAUUUGUCAAAUCUCUAUAGCUUUACAUUUCACAAAUUGCUGAAGGAAUCAGCAGGUCAGGUAGCAUCUAUGGGGAAAAGAGUACAGUCGACGUUUCGAGCCGAGACCCUUCAGCAGUUCUGCUUUUCUUUCCCAUACAUGCUGACCCAUACAUUGUGACCCCUAUUUCCAUCCAAGGGGUCAGUGUGGACAUGGUGGAGGAUUACACAUACUUGGGGAUAUGAAUUGACAAUAAACUGGACUGGUCAAAGAACACUGCGGUUGUCUACAAGAAGGGUCAGAGCUGUCUCUACUUCCUGAGGAGACCGAGGUCCUUUAACAUUUGCCAGAUGAUGCUGAGGAUGUUCUCCGAGUCUGUGGUGGCCGUGCUAUCAUGUUUGCUGUUGUGUGCUGGGGCAGCAGACACCAACAAACUCAUUCGUAUGGCCAGUGAUGUUGUGGGGGUGCAACUGGACUUUCUGACGGUGGUGUUUGAAAAGAGGAUGCUGUCCAAGUUGCAUGCCAUCUUGAACAAACUCACCCAUCCACUUCAUAAAGUACUGGUUAGGCACAGGAGUAUGUUCAGCCAGAGACUCAUUCCACCAAGAUGCAACACUGAGCGUCAUAGGAAGUCAUUCCUGCCUGUGGCCAUCAAACUUUACAACUCCUCCCUCGGAGUGUCAGACACCCUGAGCCAAUUGGCUGGUCCUGGACUUAUUUCCACUUGGAAUAAUUUACUUAUUAUUAUUUAAUUAAUUAUGGUUUUAUG